CUUAAUUCUCUUACAGAAACUAAUCCAUUCUGUGCCUAAUAUGAUGUUAUACUUAAACUAACCUUAGGAGUCUGUGUUGAAAAAUAAAGGGGUUUGGUAUUUAUCAAUUGGAUAGUUUGCAAAGUCAAUUGAAACUUUUUUUUGCAAUAUGAAUGUUCAAAGGAACCUGAGACUCAUUCAUGCAGUUUAUAGACAAGUGGCCAGGAACGCUGCUACCGCUGAAGGAGAAGUUCCAAAUCCACGAUUCUACAAGCUUAAGGAAAUCCAGAAAAAAUUUCAGGUUGAUGAUGGUCUUCCAGUUCAUUUAAAGGGUGGCUUUCGUGAUGUAGUUUUACUGAGGCUAACAUACCUAUUGGUAUUUAUUGGUUUGGGAAUGUCCGGUAAUACAGUCUACAAACUAGCUUUCCCCAGACGUUGAUUCAUAUUUAUGAUGGUAGUCUGCAGUUUAUUGAAAAUAUAAUAUUAGAAUUG